UUUAUUUCUUGAAUGCUUGCGCAAUUUGUCACUGAUUUUACUUUUCUUUCAUUUUUAUUUUUCAGUGAUGGGGUUUAUGGUUUUGGUUUCUGAGAUGGUUUUAGCCAGAUCCUGGAAAUUACCUCUUACAUAUUCUUCUUUAUUUAGCUUUGAUUUUUUCAAUUAUUUAGCCACAAUCACAUAAUUGUUUUGGUUGGAGAUAAUAUUAGUUCAGUUAGAAUGGAAUCGGCUUAUAGGGCAUGGCUCAAAUCAAGGAAAGAAAGGUUGAUAUCACAGCAUUUAGAUAAGCUUAAUAGAGAGCUUCAGAUGGCUUUAGGCACUGCAAAAUGGCAGUUGGAAGAGUUUGAAAGAGCUGUUUGUCUAAGCUACAGAAAUAAGGGUGAUGAUAUUACAAUCACCCGGCAUAGGGAAUUUGUUUCUGCCAUAGGGUACCAAAUUUAUCGCGUUGAAACAUCAUUGAAUGUGUCACUGAAAGUUGAAGGGAAGAAACCAUUUCGGUGGGUGGAUUUGGACAAGGAAGAAUCUGAUGACUUAGCUCAUUUUCUGUCCGGAACUCCAGGGACAUCACAGACGAUCAAAGAUGGUCGUAUAAAUGUGGGAUCACCAGUCACUAACUCACUUUGUAAAAGUAAUAUAGAGGAAUUAAACAGUCUUGGUUCUCCAGUAAGUACCAAAAUCCCAAAACAGGGUUGGGAAGGAGUUCAUGCAGGUGUUAAGGAUAUAAACUGCUCCGUUGAGCUACAGGAGAGAAAAGUUCGUGACACAGAGGAUGAAAUCAGCAACCGAGCUGAUCAAAGUAUUAGUACUCUAAGAGCUUGGAGUUCGCCAGACGGGAACACUUUGGAGAUAGUUGUUGAUAUGGAUGAUGGAGAAACCAAUGAAUUAAUUGAAGCAAUGCCUAAAGAGGAAGGUUCAAAACCUUUGAUUUGGAAGUCAAGGGGUGAUAUAUUUUGUAGAGCUAAAGAAGUGAAAAGCCACACUCAAAUGAAAUUGAUAAAUUGGAUAAAUAAUCACUUUAGAGGGCGCCAGGGAAAUCAAAGACAACGUCUAUCACCAGGGGUGCCAGUUAAAUCUCUACGUUUCGUACUAGCUUUGAUGCUAACCAUUUUUUUAUUUGUCCCCUUCGUGCUCCACUCAACUUAAGCCUUGCUGAAGUACCAUGUCUAAUAGAGGUCAUGGAGUAGGAAUAGUGAUGGGUUAGGGACGGCUUCUUUAGUUCAACUGUGGAUAAACAUGGUGGAGGUCCGAGAUUUCCCAGUUUGAGGUACAUCUCAGAGGCAUAUCUCUGAGAAUAUAGAUUGUAAAACAUGCAGCAUCCGAUCUUGGACAGAAAACGAACAUCUGAGACGGCUGUUGUAUAGUUGUGUGCAAAAUGGUGGUGUGAGUUCUUCAGCCUUGAGUUCACAAGAAAAGCGUGUAAAUGCUUCUUAUUGAUGAUGCAGACAAGACAUCCUUAACUGUGAUAAUAGUAUGUAGAUAGGUUGAUUGAUUUAGACAACCUUGAGUUUACAAUCAACUUUUAUCA